AUGCGUUCUUCAGUCAGUACUGCAACUGUGCCCCCGCGCAGACCUGCGAGUAGGGGCUUCACAGUGAAGGCGGAAGAGCAACAACCCCCACUCAACAGCGAACAUGACCACUUUUUCUGGACAUACACCGAAGAGCCGCACAGAUCGAGGCGGAUGGCCAUUAUCAAGGCGCACCCAGAGGUGACAAAGCUUUGCGGUCCCGAGCCUCUCACCAAAUAUGUCGUCCUCCUUGUCGUCUCGAUACAGGUCCUCUGCGCGUACCUCCUCCGCAACACCCCCGUGUUGUCAUGGCCCUUCCUCCUCACAGCAUACAUCGUCGGCGCCACAGCCAACCAGAACCUCUUCCUCGCCAUUCACGAGAUAUCGCACAACUUUGGCCUUCCGCUCGCCGCUGGCCAAUCCGCCUCCUUCAGACCGUACCAUCUGACCCACCACAAGUCGCUGGGCGUCAAUGGCCUCGACACAGAUCUGCCCACUGCAUUUGAAGCCCUGUUCCUCGACUCAGUCGCCGGCAAGGCCUUCUUCGCCACCUUCCAGAUCCUCUUCUACGCACUGCGCCCCAUGUUCGUGUACAAGCUGCCGCUCACCAAGAUCCACCUCUUCAACAUCGUCGUCCAACUCGCGUUCGACUACGCCUUGGUACAAUUCGCGGGAGGAAGGGCGCUCGGCUACUUGAUCUUGAGCAGCUUCCUCGCUGGCUCGCUGCACCCCUGCGCAGGCCACUUCAUCGCCGAGCACUACGUCUUCGAGAAGCCCAACAAAGACGCCGCAAAUCCCGCGAACAAGAUCCCCCUGCCCGAGACGUACUCGUAUUACGGCGCGCUCAACUUCUUCACGUACAAUGUCGGCUUGCAUAACGAGCACCACGACUUCCCGGCUAUUCCGUGGACGCGUCUCCCUGCGCUCAAUCGCAUCGCUCACGAGUUCUACGACGACUUGCCGAUACACAAGAGCUGGGUUAAUGUUAUGUGGCAGUUUGUGUGGGACAAGGAUAUUAGUCUGUGGUGUAGAGUCAAGAGGCAGGAGGGCGGGAGGAAAGUGGGCGCUGGCAGCGGAUGGAACGAGGAAGAUUUGGGCCACAAUGAGAAGAAGGGACCAAUUCCUGGCGUGCGAUAG